AUGAAUGCAGAAGAUUUUAAGCGUAAGGUUUCUGCCUUAAAGAGAAAAUUAUCAGAUAGUGCUAAGGAAGUCCAAACUAUUAAUGAGAAGGGUAGGGCAGCUCUCAAAGAUCCUGCUCAAGUAAACUUAUUCAAGGGUAUGUUUAAGGUGUUAGAGAAAUAUUUUUCCAAAUUUGAAACUCUCUGGGAUGAACUUAUUGACCUACAUGAAGAUGAAGGAAAAAUCUCAGAAUUUCCUGUCGAAGCAGAUCUGACUAUGCAAACCAAGGCCAAACGUUAUUACUACGAGGCACACACAAGCUAUGAGGCACUUAUGGCUCUUGUUCAGACAACAUCACCUCCCUCACGCCAAAGCAUUAAUCCUAAUGAAUCAGUUGUAUCAUCUGAAAACAGAUCAAAUAAAAUUUUACCUCGGAUCAAUCUGCCCCACUUCAAUGGACAAAUUACAAACUGGCCUAAAUUCCGUGAUGCAUUCUUAUCAAUUAUUCAUAAUGAUGCUUUAUUGACUAAAAUGGAGAAAUUCCAUUACCUGGUUUCCUCACUUGUAGGCACAGCUUCUGCAGUUAUAAGUAACUUGCCAUUAAUAGAAGACAAUUAUGACUUGGCAUGGAAGGCAUUGAAUGACACGUUUAAUAAUAAACGUAUGCUAGCCUCUAACUAUUUAAAUCAGCUCAUCCAGUUUAAGCCACAGCAAGGCAAGCCUACCAUUGAUUCUCUACAGAACUUUGUAUCACAAGUUUCAGACAAUAUUGCAGCAUUUAAACCGCUAAAAAUUCCAAAUGAAGCAGAUUUUGUAUUGUUUCAUAUUGCUGUUCGAUUAUUAGAUUCUGCGACCAGAGAACAGUUUGAACUUCAACACAAAGAUAAAGAUUUUCCUGUCUUUGAUGAUCUUACAAAGUUUCUACGGGAACGAUGCCUAGCAUUACAGCUCGCCCUUGGAAAUUCUCAUCAAUCCUCACAUGACAAUAACUCUGCGAAGCCUAGUGGCGUUAUUAAAGGAUAUAAUACUAGAUCUUCUAGCCGUGGUAUGCGAGCUACACUCCUGGCUAACUCACCAGGAAAUAACAUGCAAUCGAAAGAUAACAAUAAAGGUUUCACAUGCUUUCUAUGCAACAGUGGUAGUCAUACACUCUGGAGAUGUAAAGAUUUUAUGAAUGCAACAGUUGAUGAGCGACACAAGAUGUUAAGAAAUUGGCAUGGAUGUAAAAAUUGCUUGUAUGCCAACCACACUAUAGGGAAGUGUAACUCAAAGUGGACUUGUAAAUUUUGCAAGAAGAGACACCACUCGUUACUACAUAUUCCAACCUCAACUGAUGAAGAAUCGAAAGAUAAUGCUACUAGUGCACCAACUUCGUCUUUGACUGCAACUCUUCCUCAACAUAGCAACAUAUUGCUGGGUACUGUUGUUGCUGAGAUAAAAGAUGCUUCAGGAAGAUUUCAAUCCAUACGUCUAGUUAUAGACUCAGGAAGUCAACAUUCCUUCAUAACUCACAAAUGCCUCACCAAACUUGGUUUAUCGACAACUCCUUAUCCAAAGAAGAUAUCGGCUAUUGGCCAGACCAUAUUUGAUGGUGCAAAAGGCAAGGCACUUUGUCAUCUGAAGCCAAAAAAUCAGGAAACCCCUAUCCUCAAAACAGAAGCUGUUGUGAUCAACAAUAUUACUUCAUACCUACCCAACUUCACUAUGCCUUCUAACUUAUGGUCGGAAUAUACCAAAUUUGAACUAGCAGACCCUAAGUUUUGGGAACCUGGACCUAUUGAGUUUUUAUUGGGCUCUGACUUGUUUCCAGAUGUUUGGCUUGGAUCUUCGAUUACUCUUCAUGAAAACCAACCCAAGCUGUUUGCAUCAGUCUUUGGCUACAUUGCUAUUGGGAGAGUUCUUGACUGUCAAUCAUCCGCUAGUAUGAAUGCUUCUUUCUUCACCCUUGCUUAUGAUAAAGAUGACAUUCAUAAUCAGCUGCAACGAUUUUGGGAACUCGAGGAACCUGCUUCUAUCCCAGUCCAAGAAAACCCAGAAGAUUUAGCUUGUGAAAAGCAUUUUACGGAGACUCACUACAGACUUGAGAGCGGCCAGUACGUUGUUGGCCUACCGUUUAAAAUUGAGCCAAAGCAUCUUGGUGACUCUGAAAGAAAUUCUCGGAAAAGACUAUACAGUCUAGAAACAAAACUGACAAAGAAUUCUCUACUUAAGUCUGAAUACUGCAAUUUCAUGAAAGAAUACCUUGAACUGGAACACAUGAGCCCCACAUCAUCUACUUCAAAAUAUGUGAUCCCGCACCAUUCUGUUACUAAAGAAGAUCGCUCACAGAUUAAGCUCAGAGUAGUAUUUGAUGCUUCUUCCCUUACUGACUCUAACACGUCUCUAAACAACCAUCUUAUGAUAGGCCCAAAGUUACAGCAAGACAUAAAAAGUAUCUUGACAAGAUUUAGGAUGUAUCCAGUAGUUUUUGUGGCUGAUAUAAUAAAAAUGUACAGGCAGAUUUUAGUUCAUCCCUCUGAUAGGGUAUAUCAACACAUUUUCUGGAGAUUUGAUCCUUCUGAAGCUAUUCAGAAAUAUGAACUGAAUACAGUAACGUAUGGUACUACCUCUGCACCUUUUUUAGCCUUGAGAGUCAUGAAACAGCUAGCAACCGAUGAAGGGACUGACUAUCCACAUGCAGCAAAGGCUAUUCUUCAAGACAUGUAUGUCGACGAUCUUGUCACCGGUGCUUCUACUGUUGAUGAAGCCUUGAAACUCAAGGAUGAAGUAAUCAAUCUUUUACACAAAGGUCAUUUUGGUCUAAGUAAAUGGGCCAGUAACUCUCAGGAAAUUUUAAAUGCAAUCAAUCCUUCAAAACAUAUCAAACAGAUCAACCUCUCAUCUAGUGAAGAUUCAAAUGUCAAGAUCCUAGGACUUCAAUGGAACCCUUCAAGCGACACGUUUGCAUACCAGAUUGAACAAUUUACCCCUGUGUUUACUAAAAGGGCCAUCCUAUCAGCUGUGGCAAAGAUUUUUGAUCCUCUAGGAUUCGUUUCUCCUGUGAUAAUGAUUGCAAAGUGCAUAAUACAAAGCCUUUGGAAACUGAAGCUGGACUGGGAUUCGGAAAUCCCAACUAACUUGAAGACUCUAUGGAAUGACUUGACUACUCAGCUAGAGAACCUGCAACAUCUUAGUAUUCCAAGAUUUGUAACAUCUGACAAACCAUACAAAUUGCAAAUAGUAGGAUUUGCUGAUGCUUCCGAAAAAGGAUAUUGUGCUGCACUGUAUCUGAGAGUUAUUAGUGACAAAAUAACUACAAACCUUCUAACAGCCAAAACUAAGUUAGCCCCAAUCAAGACCCUGUCUAUCCCACGCUUAGAGUUGUGUGGAGCCUACCUGCUUGCAACAAUGUUCCACUCAGUUAUGGAAACCCUCAGCCAAUUUGCCAGUAAUCAGUUUCAGAAGCCUAUUUUCUUCACUGAUUCUUCAAUUGUCUUAGGAUGGCUGAAUACACCAACUUACAAGCUUAAAGUUUUUGUAGCAAACAGGGUUGCACAUAUCUUGGAACAUACACCUGUUUCAUCGUGGAGACAUAUUAAAUCAGAGGAAAAUCCUAGUGACCAUGGUUCUAGAGGACUUUUACCAGAUAAACUAACUAACUGUGAUCUAUGGUGGCAUGGCCCUAAGUGGAUGAAUAUGCCUGAAGAUAAAUGGCCAGAGUCUACAGUACAGUUCCAGCAGCAGCCCCUACCUGAAGUGAAAGCUGAACCACAAGUGCUUGUCUCAAAUAGUACUGAGCCAGAGCUUAUCAAGAUGAUGGAAAACUAUUCUUCAUACUACAAACUUUUACGUGUAAUAUCUUGGAUCAGAAGAUUUAUCUACAAUUGUCAAGCUAAACUACACAGUACUAGUCGUCUUAAAGGACCCCUUCAGCCUAAGGAAAUUCAAGAGUCCUUACUAUCCUGCAUCAAGAAAAUUCAAUCACACUUUUUCUCUAUUGAUGGCGACAGAAGAUGUGCAACUGCUGUCCUCCAUAAGUUUCAUAAACUAACCCCUUUCUUUGACAAAUUGGGGAUUCUCAGGGUGGGCGGCAGGCUAAAUAAUGCAGCUAUCCCAGAAGAUCAAAGACACCCAAUCCUUCUGACAAAGUGUCAUUUCACCUUAUUGUUGGUAGAUUAUUACUACAAAAUCUACCUACACCCAGGACCCAACUUGCUUCAAGCUCUGAUUCAAUUACGAUUUUGGAUACCAUCACUGAGAAAUAUUGUCCGUCAGCGAACCUUCAAAUGUCUAAGGUGCUUCAAGCUAAAGGCUGAAACCUUUGCCCCGAUGAUGGCUGAUCUUCCAUCGCCACGAGUGAAUGUAAGCCGAGCAUUUUUACAUGUUGGUGUUGACUUUGCUGGACCUUUGACUAUGAGAGAGUCGUUAAGAAGAAAAGCAACCACUGCCAAGACUUACAUCUGUGUUUUUGUCUGCAUGGCUACUAAAGCUUUGCAUUUAGAGCUGGUAACCGCACUCUCGACAGAUGCCUUUAUGGCUGCUUUCAGACGUUUUAUUUCUAGAAGAGGUCUUCCUGAACAAGUGUAUUCCGACUGUGGAACCAACUUCAGAGGAGCAGCUAAUCGUCUUCGAGAGUUAGGAAUAUGGUAUUCCAAUCAGACUACACAAGAAGAAAUUCUACAGCAAACUACUAAACUGGAUGUAAAAUGGAAUUUCAAUCCUCCCUACUCCCCACACUUUGGUGGACUGUGGGAGUCGGCAGUUAAAUCAACAAAGACACAUUUGAGGAAGAUAGCUGGAGAAACUGCUUUGACUUAUGAAGAGUGGUCAACCUUGCUCACCCAAGUAGAAGCAGUUCUGAAUUCAAGACCACUUUGUCCUUUGUCAGCUAGUCCAGAAGAAACUAAUUUUCUUUCUCCAGGACACUUUCUUGUUGGAUGUCCUCUUGUUGCUCCUCCCGAACCUUCUCUUCUUGAUCUUCGAGAAAACGUCCUUACAAGAUGGCAACUAGUCCACAAGAUGGUUCAACAUUUUUGGAAGAGGUGGCGAGUGGAAUACUUGAACAUCCUGCAAGCGAGAGGAAAAUGGACAAGAUCUUCUACAAACCCUAAAAUCGGAGACUUGGUUCUUCUUAAGGAUCAAAAUGUACCUAUCUUGCAGUGGCCUCUUGGAAGAAUCAUCAAGACUCACCCAGGCAGUGAUGGAAUUGUUCGAGUGAUGACUGUCAAGACCAGUGACUCUGAAUUCCAACGUCCAGCUGUGAAAUUGGUACCUCUUCUUUCAAUCAAUUCUGACCCUUUUAAGUAA